AUGGCCACAAUCACAUCCCCGCGCAGCGAAUCCCCUGCGGUCGGCGUCCCUCGAAUCAUCACCUCUCCAUUAAGUCCCAGUCCCUCUGGGCCCAACGGCAACGGCACCGGCAACGGGACACCCAUAUCUUCUUCCUCGAUGCGGCCAUCCUUUGACGUUCCACGAACCAGCACUUCCUCGCCCGCACCCAGUCUUCAACAAAGCUCCACUUCCACUUCAACUUCCACGGCACAUCGCCGCAACCGCGCCGCUCUACGCGACUACUACAAUCUCAAAGGUGGUGGCAGAGACCAACAUCACGAGAACCUCAACAUCAGCCGCACAGCGAGCAUCGCAUCCAACGCAUCCGAUUCCACAAUCACAUCAACCACAGUCCCUAUCGAAACAUCAUCUACAUCAACAACAACAUUAACCGCUCAACUAGACGACCCAGCCUUCGACGCCGAGAAAUAUGUAUCCGAACUCCUCAAGACUGCGGGUCUACGAGACAUCCUCAAGAUUGAAAGCACACUAGUCAGCGAGAUUCGGAACCUGGACGGCGAGAGAAAAGCACUGGUCUACGAUAACUAUAGUAAGUUGAUCAAGGCGGUGGGGACGAUUGCCGAGAUGCAAAAGGGCAUGCAUAAACGAGACAACAGUGGUGUUGUCACUGCCACUACUAUACUACAAAAGGGAGACCAAGACCAAGACGUGGGAUUAGAUGGUGUGGAGAAACUCGCGGAGAAACUGGAUCGGUUGUUGAGCGUGGUAAGAGAUUUGGUUCCGGUCGAGGCUGGAACAGAACAAAAGACGAAACAAAAGGAGAUGAUCGAAGCGAGGAAGAAGACGAGGCAGAAACAGACGGUCAAGUGGGCUUUGGAUGCUCCAGAGCGGUUGCAGGCAUUGCUCGACCAAGGUCGUCGUGAUGAUGCUGGUAAAGAAUAUGAAUCUGUUAUUGGCUUGUUGGAGCACUGGAAGGGUGUUGCCGGAGUGGAUGAGUUACGGGCCCGGUGUGAUAAGGUCAUGCGGGAGGCGGAGAAGGACACCGCUGCCAACAAAGAUGAUGAAGCGGCGCAGCAGAAGCAAGAAGAUGAUAAUGCUGACAACACUGCUGGUUGA